ACUUGCUUUGUGUCAAAAUAAAAUUAUUAAUAUACUUUGACUUAUUUAAAAUCAAAAUUGUCUUUAAAAUCUAGUUAAGUUUGAGUACUGGUUUUAAAUAUAUAACAAUAUUAUAGAGAGAAAAUUAAAUUUAACACGCAUAAUGGCAAGCAGACCUUCAUUCAAGUUUCCAAUCUAUUUCUUACCAGAUAUUUUCCACAGAGUUCUUCCAUUCCAUAUGGCGAAAGGCAUGCGAGCAAUGAGGGGCAUUGUUAAUAAUUGUGAUUGUGUUAUUGAAAUACGAGAUGCUAGAGUUCCAUUUUCCAGCACCAAUCCACAAUUUGAGGAUUUGUAUGCAAAUAAACCCAGAAUAAUACUAAUGAACAAAAUAGAUAUUGCUGAUGAAAAGAAGACAAAGGAAAUCUCAAAUAAAAUAUUGAAGGAUGAUGAUGCUGAUGCAGUAUUGUUUAGUAACUGCAACGCUCGAUUUAAUCAUGCUAUUAAACAGGUUAUGCCAGUGUUAAAGCAGAUUUUUACAGAACAAAAUAGAGUCAAAUCUGAACAGUGUGAGACACCUGUGAAAGGAUUGCAUGAACGACAGUAUAAAGUAAUUGUUUGUGGAAUUCCUAAUGUUGGAAAGUCAUCAUUUAUAAACUCUGCAAGACGCCAUUUUAUGUCAAAAGGAGGAAAAGCUACUCCCGUUGGUAAAAAGCCUGGUGUAACACGAUCUGUCAUGCAAUCUAUAAAAAUGUCUCAAUCUCCCAGAAUUUUAUUGCUCGACACUCCAGGUAUAUCAUAUCCGGAAGUACAAGACAGUAUGACCGGAAUCAAGUUGGCAUUAACCGGAACAUUUCCCGAUCACGUGAUUGGAGAAGAGGUAAUUGCUGAAUACUUGCUUUAUGCGCUCAACAAACAAAAGAACACCAGAUAUCUACAGAUGUGUGCGCUAAAAGAACCGUGUGACGAUUUUGAUAAAGUGAUAUACUCACUAGCUGAACAGAGAGAUCUCAUAAGGGAUUCUCGACCAGAUUACCGACGUUGUUCGAUAUUAUUAAUACAAGCUUUCAGAAAUGGAAGGUUUGGUCGUAUUACUCUCGACGAAACGUGAAACCUCGCAGUUACGAUAGAUCGUGCUACGCUCAAUAAAACGUGAAACGUCGCUGUUACGGUUGAUCGAGUUGUGUUACUCUCGAUGAAACGUGAAACCUCACUGUUACCAUUUAUCGUGUCACACUCAACAAAAAGUAAAACGUCACUGUUACAAUAGAUUGUGUUACGCUCAAUAAAAUAUGAAGCGCCAAAAUUACGAUUCAUCGUGUCACACUGAACAAAACGUGAAACGUCACUGUUACGAUAAAUCCUGUUACGCUCAACGAAAAGUGAAACGUUACUGUUACGAUUGGUUGUGUUACUCUGUACGAUUCGUAAAACUUUAUCUUAUAAUACAAGUAAUCAUGGUUCGAAGUUCAGUUGAAAUUUCACCAUUCAUCGUCAAGCCAUUAUCCAAGCCUGCAACAGCCUAUAAAUACUUCGCCUGCGAAUGCGUUGCUAUAGUAUAAGCGUACUUACAAAGUAGGACGCCUGCUUAAAGUCGAGCAUUUUUAAAUUAUACCCCACAUUUCGCCGUUUAAUUCGCUUCAUGAAAAAUACCCCUAAGGCCAAUCUUUUGGCCUGACUUUGGGCAGGAAUAAAGCCACCCAAAGUAGGGCAUUUUAAUAAUGACAACUUUUGACUGACCGCUCGACUUUGUGUGUUCAUAUUAGGUAAUUGAUUCAGUAGAAAACUUUCAGAAAACGUCUACACGUGAACAGAAAUUGACCAACUUAAACCCUAUUCGGUCAGGGGGGGAUUCGCCCCCCUCCCCCCUCCUGACGGUUUUUUUUAAUAACUCCUUAUUGCUUUGUUAUAUGGCUAUGCUACUUACUGAGUUUCAAUAUUUACCUAUUAGACACUUGCAUGCUAAAUAUUUAGAUCCCAUACCCUUCAGAGGCUUUGAUAUUGGCCAUUAUUCGAAACUACCCCUAAAAAUCUCUAUAAAAUCCUUAUAAUGGGGAAAAUAUAAUAACUCCUGUUAGGAUUAUCCUUAGAACUUGAAACUUGCAACACAACCUUGUUUCAUCAGGAAGAAUCAUUUUUCAUAAUUCCGACACGUGACCAAUCCGAUUUCCCGAUUUUGUCGGGUUUUACCCAAAAAUCAGAAAAAACGAAUUCUCGGGCAUUUUUUUGCAAUUUUUAAUGCGAUCCAUGUAAAAACCGGAAUAUAUGUUAAAUAACUUUUAUUAAGUUUCCAGAAACUUCAAACAGAAUAUAAAAAUUUGCUCUAGAACAAAAGUAAUUCAAUUUUAUGGAGAUACUGGCAUUUUUAACAAAUUUCAAGCUUUUGGUGACUUCACAAAAAAUGUCCUUACGAAAGCAAACAUUUAUUGUUCCCAUUUUGUUUCUUUUAUGACUUACUAUAGGUGUGCCAAGUUUGCUUCAAUUUAAACAACCCUAUGAAAAGUUAUUGAGUCAUAGUAUAGGUCAUAGUUUGUUUGAAAAACCCCGGACCGAAUACG